AAGCUGGGGAUUUAAUUUUGUUCUUUCAAUUCCGUGAUCGAGUCUAAACUAACCGGAAGUAAUCGAAAUUCGCCUCUUCUCCUCAGCUGAAGCUCGCUGGACAUCAAGAUUUCUCCUUCCGAGAGCUGUGCUGGGCUGCCGGAUCCUGUUGGUUUCUUCGAGGUUCCGACGCAGAUCUCACACGCGCAACCGCACCGCACGCGGGGUCGCUCGUUUCGUGUCGGGUCGACUCGGUGUGGCAGGGUAGCCCGACGAGUCCGGGUAACCCAGGUUCUUGGGGUUGUGAGAGUUUGCGCCGCAGUUGCUGGAUGCUGUCAUGGGCUUGUCAUCGGUGGCUAGCAGCAACAGUGAGGGCUUGCGGUUCUGCAUAUUCGAUCUGAGAAGAGGGCAGCAUGAGGGGCAGGAGCUGGACAAGAUUCUGUUCUUCUAUCCGGCCGAUUUGCCCUUUCCCGCUCAGCUCUCUGUUAUAGGCCUCAGUGAAGGCCUCAUUACCUUCACAAGCAUUUUCUCCCCGGAGGCUCCUUGUGAGGUCAUAGAAGCAGAAAGGCACUCCCACGUGUUCUAUCAAGCAGAACCAGAUGUCUGGAUGGUCAUGGUUGUUGAGAAAAGCAAGGAAGCGGAAGCGAUGUGGAGAAUUGAUGCAUUGCGGAAGGUUCUGAAGGAAGUUCACUCACUUUUCGUGGUGUUCCAUGGCUCUAUAAGAACUUUGCUCCUGAAAGAUCCCACUGGAGGGAUAGUUCGGCCCCAUUUGUACACCUUCAUCAUGGAUUAUCUAAGUGCAUUUCAAAAGCGGUCUCCAUUGGAUUAUUGCUGCUGGGAUUUUCUUGCUGGGAAGCAGAAGCUCCACUUACCAUCUUUCCGUGACUCUCUAAAGGAACGUAGAACAGUGGAAAUGCUCACUGUAGGGCGCGAAGCAGCCAUAGAAGUUCAGUCACUUGUCAGGAUGCUAGAAUCCUGUGUUGGGAAUGCGCAAUGCUACUCAGUGCUCUUGUUCCAGGACUUACUUGUUUCUACGACACUCUCUCCUGAUGACACGAUAAAUUUAUUCACCUAUGCUGUCCUGCGGUUGACGCCUCAUGCUCUAUCUCCCGGGCAAAGUUCUUGGUCCUAUCUUCGCAAGGGAAGUUCAGGAUCUAAUAGUGUAACCAGGUCUUCUGUGGGAGCAACUGCAUCUUUCUCUGAACAACUUCAUGAUAACUCUUGGAGUGGAGACCAGAGAUCCACUCUAAGGCCCUUACAACAUGACAAAUGGUCGAAAGGAAAUGACGGUUUCCUCAUAACUGAUAUUUGGCAUGCUGAUACUGGAAGCUUGGUUUCCACAACCCCAAUAAUAUAUCUUCAGCAAACAGAAGAGAGAAUGUAUCUCUGCGCUUAUCAGCAUCGAAGCCUUACCCUGAUACUUGUCAUUCCCGUAUCUUCUAUUAUUAAUGGGGAGCAAGGAAUUUCAGCAGUGAAGCAACUAAUUCUUGAUAAUGCAUCAUUAAAGAUGUUGAAAGUUGAAGAGAAACUUUCUAAGGGCUGGGGAGGCGAGAACGCCUAUCAUGUCAGUGGGUAUCGAUAUUUGCUCAUUGACGGGGACCGCAACAUAUCAAGGGCCUCUCCACCUGCCAAAGUUGCCACUCUAACGAAGGAUUCUCUACUUUCCUUGAACAAACUAAGAGAAGAGGUUGACAUUGAAAAGAGUAGGGCAAAAUGGGACAGCUCUAAUCAUGACAAAGACCUGGAAAUAUGCAUUCGAGCCAAGAACAAUGCUUGGGUCAUUGCCCGAACUACUCGGGGAAAAGAGCUUUACAUGGUUCUUGAAAAUGCCAACGAAACCCUUCUAUAUGCUUCUGAUGCUGUCGAGAAAUUCAGCAACAGGUACUGUAAUGGAGCCUUUUCUUUGGAUUGAAACUACAGGACACUUUUUUCGUGUUUGUGCAGCUACCUUACGAGUUAUAGCAUAGGAUGAUCAAUGUAAUCAGAUUUAACUGUUCAACUUCCGUGUCAUCGUUGCUGCAAUGUGGAUCCCCUCUGAGUUGAACGUACAUUGCCAACCCAUUGUUGUAUAAUGCCUCACAGAAACGAUAUUCUUGUUAGUUGCCCUUUCUGAUAAAUACAGCCUCCGAUAAUUUCUACAUCCUUGUGCAGUUUAAGGGAUCUUAUUUUCCCAA